AGCGGGUACCUCAGGUACCUCCCAUGACGCAUGAAGGGGACGAAUGUGACAUCAAUCAUAUCUCUCACUCCAUGCUCCAUGCGCCAUGUUCCAUGCUUCAUGUACUUCGCACGGAAGACUCUGCACAGCCCAGCCCGCCAUGUCAGGCACGUCGAACCGUCCAGCUGCCAGAGCAAAACGCUCGAGUCCGUUCCCGUCUCGGUCAGCGCCGACCACGGUAAGACACGCGCAGCAGGCGGCGGGGGCGCAUGGAGCUCGCACUUGGUCAGCUCUCGCCGUCUCGGGGCGUGGCCGGGAGGAGGUGGAUGUACGGUAUGUACAUGUUGCGCCGGGUGUACAACUGGUCACUGGUGCGCUGGCGGGCGGGGGAGGGGAGAUGAGAUGGCCCAGAUGGGAACUCCAUGGGAGAGACCGGAGAGGCUGGCGACGAGGAGGCCCGCGGGAGAGCGAGGGCUGUCAAGUUGUUUUCCUAUCGGUAUCUAUCUGGUUCCCCAGGCCUCGGCGCGACAUGGCGUAUGACACGAACCACACUCCCGCUAGAGAACGAGCAGGCCUCUGGGCAAUGGGCAAUGGGCAUUCGCUCCGGAGGAGGACGCGCCGACCGUUUCGAGGACCGCAUCAGGUCGAGGGCUCUGGGGAGGCAACUUACUCCGUUUGGAGUAAGCCGUGGCCCUGGGUCCCAACUUCCAAGCGUCCAUUACCGAGAUUCCAUCCGUCAUCUAUGAUCCAUCCUCCAUGAUCCAGUCUUCCCCUCCCCGGCCACCUGAUUGAGUGCCGUGACCGCGGGUCAGGUGAGCCAUGCCUCCUACGCAAUGCUCGUGUCUCCCUUCAUCUCC